AAACGUGCUUGGUAAUUGUGGGCAGUCAAACCAUUUUAAAAAAUGUCGGUCAUUGGAAUUGAUAUUGGUUACCAGACCAGUUACAUUGCUGUCGCCAGGCAAGGUGGGAUCGAGACCAUAGCCAAUGAAUACAGUGACAGAUGUACUCCUACUUGUGUGUCCCUUGGUGAGAAAAGUCGAUUUAUUGGAGCUUCAGCCAAGCAACAACUGGUGACAAAUUUUAAAAACACUGUGUGGGGAUGGAAGCCACUGAUUGGUAAAAAGUACAAAGACCAGUCAGUGCAAAAGGUUCUACCAAAUUUACCAUAUGAAAUAGUUGAAGAGAAGAAUGGUGGAAUUGGAAUAAAAGUUUCCUAUUUAAAUGAGAAACGUGUCUUUUCACCAGAACAAUUCCAGGCAAUGAUGCUAACAAAACUGAAAGAAACUGCAGAAAACAACUUGAAGUCAAAAGUUGUGGAUUGUGUAUUAGCUGUUCCCUGUUAUUUCACUGAUAUUGAAAGAGCAUGUGUCAUGAAUGCUGCCUCAAUUGUGGGUCUGAAUGUUUUGAGGUUGUUCAAUGAAACAACUGCUACUGCACUCAGCUAUGGCAUUUAUAAGCAGGACCUGCCAGGUACAGAGGAGAAACCCAGGAAUGUGAUCUUCUUAGAUGUUGGCCAUUCGAGUCUUCAACUGUCUGCUUGUUCGUUCAACAAAGGAAAGUUGAAGAUGUUGGCUACAGUAGCUGAUCCAGAGCUGGGAGGAUUGUGUUUUGAUAAUUUGCUAGCUGAAUAUUUUAUUUCUGAGUUCAAAAAGAAUUACAAGAUAGAUGUUCAUUGUAACCCGAGGGCCCAUCUGCGUCUCGUGCAGGAGUGUGAGAGGCUGAAGAAACUAAUGAGUGCUAAUUCUCAAGAAAUUCCUUUAAACAUUGAAUGCUUUAUGGAUGAUAAGGAUGUCACCGGUCGCAUGAGCAGGGAACUCAUGGAACAACUCUCCAGUCAUCUCCUUGUGAAAAUUGAAAAAUAUCUAAGGGAUAUCCUUGUUAAUUCGAAUCUGAAAAGUGAGGAUAUAUAUUCAGUGGAAAUUGUGGGAGGGUCAACGAGGAUGCCUGCCAUUAAGGAGCUCAUUAGAAAAGUCUAUGGAAAGGACGCAAGCACCACAUUAAAUGGAGAUGAAGCGGUUGCCAGAGGGUGUGCUCUGCAGUGUGCCAUACUGUCUCCCAACUUCCGAGUGAGGGAUUUUGAAAUAACAGACACCCAGUAUUAUCCCAUCAAGUUGUCAUGGAAAGGCAGUCUUGAAACUGGAGAAGUGGACAGUAUGGAGGUGUUUCCAAGAUAUCAUGCAAUUCCAUUUACAAAGUUACUGACAUUCUAUAGAAGUGAACCUUUUACUUUGGAAGCUUCUUACAGUUCUAAAGAAUUGCCGAAAGAUAAACUGAAUAUUGGUAGUUACACCAUUGAUAAGGUAACACCAUCUGCAAAUGGAGAAAGUUCAAAGAUCAAGGUAAAGGUGCGAGUAAACAUUCACGGUCUUUUUGGAGUAUCAUCGGCUUCAAUGGUUGAAAAGAUAGAAACUGUUAACGAACCGAUGGAAGUAGACAAAAGUAGUGGUGAAACAGCUGGAAACUCAAAUGAGGCUCUUAAUGCUUCUAAAAACAACUCUGAGCAGCCAAUGGAUGAACAAUCAACGCCACCAGUUGAAGCUAACCAGAACAACAAUGCUGGUCAUCAUCCUGAGAAUUCAAAUACUGAAAAUCCAGAGAAGAAACCAGAGGCUAAAAAGCACAAAGUGCGAACUAUUGAUUUACCUGUCAUUCCAUCAAACACCAACGUUAAAUCUGUUGACUUAAACAAACUUAUUGAGAUGGAGAAUGAAAUGGUAAUGCAAGACAAAUUAGAAAAGGAACGUGCAGAUGCUAAGAAUGCCGUUGAAGAGUAUGUUUAUGAAAUGAGAAACAAACUUUGUGAUGAAUAUGAAAAGUUCAUGAAAGAAGAGGAUAGAGAUAACUUUCUGUUGAAACUUGGAGAUACAGAGAACUGGCUAUAUGAAGAUGGAGAGGAUGAGAAAAAACAAGUCUAUAUUGACAAACUGGCCAAGCUAACUGAAAUAGGCAAUCCGGUAAAAGAGAGGUACCAUGAAUCAAUCAAUCGACCAAUUGCAUUUGACAGACUAGCCCAAGCUAUUCAUUUGGUUGCAAAAGCUGUUGAUGGCUAUGCCAAUAAGGAUGAGAAAUACUCUCAUUUAGAUGCAGCUGACGUUGAAAAGGUAAGAAACUUAGUCAUUGAGAAACAGCAGUGGUUUGAUACCCAUCUUAAUAUCUGCAAUCAACAAAAACCUCAUGAGGUCCCAGCUAUGACAGCUUCACAGAUUUCAGCUCAUGCUGAUUCUCUGUGGUCAUCAUGCAAUCCAAUCAUGAACAAGCCUAAACCGAAACCAAAGGAGGAACCCCCAAAACAAUCAAAAAAAGAAACUGAAAAGCAGCAGACUAAUGAUAAUAACAGUAAUGCAAAUGGCCCAGAUGUGAACGAGCAGCAGAAUGAAGCAUCUCCUCAACAAGAUCAAAGUCAGGAUCCAUCAGCUACGAACCCAGACAUGGAUCUAGAUUAGAACUUAUUUAUGGAUUAUUACAACGAACUUAUAUGUAUUUGUACGACUAUGUCAUGAUUUUCACUAGGUGUUAUUUAUAUCAGACAUUAUUAUAUUAUUGCUGUUAUUGUUGUCUACUGGCUAAAUUAUAAAUUACAUUCUUUGAAGCUGAUUCAGCAUGAUGAAGUCUCAAA